AUGUUUCGUCGCAAGACUUCCACGCAAACCGAACAAGAGAUUAACGACGCAAAGAUCAAAGAGCUUAAAGCUCUCAUAGGUCAGCUCUCUGGAAGAAGCUCACUAUAUUGCUCAGAUGCAUGCCUCAAGAGAUAUCUAGAAGCUAGGAGUUGGAAUGUAACCAAAGCCAAGAAGAUGCUUGAGGAGACUCUCAAAUGGAGAUCCACUUUCAAACCUGAGGAGAUCAGAUGGAAUGAUGUUUCAGGAGAAGGUGAGACUGGGAAAAUCUACAAAGCUGGAUUCCAUGACAGAAGUGGAAGAACAGUGCUUAUCAUGAGACCUGGCUUGCAGAACACAAAGUCCUUAGACGAUCAGAUGAAACAUUUGGUGUAUCUACUUGAGAAUGCAAUUCUGAAUCUGCCAGAGGAUCAAGAACAGAUGUGUUGGCUUAUUGAUUUCACUGACUGGACACUGAGCACAAGUGUUCCUAUUAAGUCUGCUAGAGAAACUAUCAAUAUACUUCAGAAUCAUUACCCUGAGAGAUUAGCUGUUGCUUUCCUCUACAAUCCUCCAAGGCUCUUUGAAGCAUUUUGGAAGAUUGUGAAGUACUUUGUGGAUGCAAAGACAUUCUCCAAGGUGAAGUUUGUGUACCCAAAGAACCAAGAGAGCGUGGAGCUGAUGAGUUCGUUUUUCGACGAGGAGAAUCUCCCAACGGAGUUUGGAGGGGAAGCUUUGUUGCAGUAUAACCAUGAAGAGUUCUCCAAGCAGAUGAACCAAGACGAAGUUAAAACUGCAAACUACUGGGGAUUGUUGGUUGAGAGUAACAAUGGGUUCUCUGGAGCAGAGAUUGCUCCUGAGCCAAUCCAAACCAACCCUUGA